ACUGUUGUUGCUUGCUCCUUGGGGUUUCAGGCUGGUUGUUUUGUAAAAGCACUUCAUAAAUACAAUUGUUUGAUUGAUCAUUCACGUAAUUGGAGUAACCCUGACCUUACAUGAGAACACGGUCCUUUCCAGCGUGUUCAUUCAUAAAGUAACCUAGCCGGCCCAGUGCACCACAGUAAAAAUCCUCCUAAGUCUUCCGUUUAAAGAAUUGUCUUAAAACCUUUCAAGGUGCAAUGCACGUCUACACAGGAGCCAUGAAAUCUGAAGCCAGUCAAAGUGAUUCAUAGAUUUAAAUGAAUUGAUGUGGGAAAUAAACGUGAGAUUGACUCGAAUUAAACCAAUCCUCAGUACUUUCAGCGCGGGCGGGCAGUGUGCUCCGUACAGUCUUUCUGUUAUUAUCCCCCAUCCCCAUUUUAUUGCAUUUCCUCCAACACUGUUGAAUUAUUCGCUUGUUCAUCGCCUCCUUUUUUAAUCAAAUCAUUAAUAAUUCUGCGACUGGCCCAAAUUAUCCCAACGGCUUUGGAAACACAGGCACACAGGCUACUAUGUAUCAAAGGAACUCAAUUGAAAGUUCCUCAUCAACUCACCUUCCUCAGUCAGUCAUUGGAAUGUAUUUUAUCAAGCACUUUUUACAGAUUCAAAUACCCAGCUAAAAACCACAGAAAGCAAGUGGUAAUAUGUUAGAGCACAGUGGACAGAAACUGCCUAGAAGGAUAGAAACUAAGGGGUGUGGCUAGAACUCUUGUGAAUAUUACAAGAGUACAUGGUCUCUUCAGGGCAAAUCACCCCUUAAGAAAUUCUAACAUUCAACUGACCAGUCUAAAGUAUCUGCCUACUCGGGGUGGUCUAAAGGUGGCUCAGCCAUUUAAGAAUUUAUUUCGUAGCAGCAAGCUGACCACCAUGUUGUACGUGCAGCUAUUCACUCCACCAUGAUGUAUUUGCAGCUAUUCGCUGAGCCAAUAGUGGCUGGGAAGGCCAUUGGCUAAGGUGUCAUCGGCAGGGAUGUCCCAACCUUAAUGCACCAUAGAGACUUCCUGAUUGGACGAGCAGUGGGGAGAAAACUUACUGGCUUGGCCCAUAUGGCUGAGAGGGAGGCUUGCCUUGACCUUUUACUCUCCUGAACCAUUCGGAGUUGUUUUGACCAGACAGGCCUGUAGAAUACAGUUUUACAAAAUUGGUCUAGAGGUUUAGAGGAAAAUGGCGACAGGAACAGGUGGGCUGUGGGCAGCGACAGCAGGAGUUGUCAGGCCGCAUCGCCAUCCAAAACCGGACCAGGUGGACUUUGGACAGGGACGGCUGAGACUCGUCACGCCAGGCAGUCCUAAGGCAAUGGUCCUGGGCCUCAGAUGAGAGACGGGUCUUCAGGCCAGUGCGAGGUACCCAGGGACCCCCGCUACCCAGACUGCCCUGGGAAAGUAGACUGGAUGCGUGCCCGCUGGACGUCGGACCCGUGUUACGCCUUCUACGGGGUGGAUGGCUCCGACUGCUCUUUCCUCAUCUACCUCAGCGAGGUGGAGUGGUUCUGCCCCCCGCUGGCCUGGAGGAACCACAGCAGCCCCCCGACCAUCCAUACGCACACACACCAGACCACCACCGCCAAGAGACAGGCUGCAUUUCGUACAGAUCUGUCCUCUCUGCUGGACCAGGUUGGCACCGGCAAGGAGUCCCUGAGCUUCAUGAAGCGGCGCAUGAGGAGGCUGGCACCGCAGUGGGGUACGGCCGCGCAGCGCCUCCAUGCCAAGCUGCGCCAACGCUGGAGGGAGCAGAAGAAGAUCCUGGUUCACGUGGGCUUCCUGACGGAGGAGUCUGGCGACGUGUUCAGCCCCAAGGUGCUGAAAGGAGGUCCCCUGGGCGAGAUGGUCCAGUGGGCAGAUAUCCUGACCGCCCUCCAUGUCCUGGGACACAACCUCAAGAUCUCCAUGUCUGUCAAGGAACUGCAGGGGUUUCUGGGAGUGCCCCCAGGGCGAGGCAGCUGCCCGCUGACAGGACCUCUGCCCUUUGACCUCAUCUACACGGACUACCACGGCAUGCAGCAGAUGAAGCAGCACAUGGGGCUUUCGCUCAAAAGACACAAGUGCCACAUCCGUGUGAUCGACACAUUCGGCACAGAGCCGGCCUAUAACCACGAGGAGUACGCCACGCUGCACGGCUACAGGUCCAACUGGGGAUACUGGAACCUCAACACGCGGCAAUACAUGACCAUGUUCCCCCACACUCCAGAUAACUCCUUCAUGGGCUUUGUGUCUGAGGAGCUGAAUGACACAGAGAAGCGGAGCAUCAUGCUUAAUAAGGUCAACAGUAUGGCCGUGGUCUACGGCAAGGAGGCCAGCAUGUGGAAGCUCCAGCAGGGUAAAGAGGGCUUCCUUCAGACCCUCCACAGGUACAUGGAGGUCCACGGCACGGUGUACUACGAGACCCAGCGCCCCCCCGAGGUGCCCGCCUUCGUCAAGAACCAUGGCUUGCUGCCCCAGCAUGAGCUGCAGACACUGCUGCGCCGGGCCAAGCUCUUCAUAGGGUUUGGUUUCCCCUACGAGGGGCCCGCCCCUCUGGAGGCCAUAGCCAAUGGUUGCAUCUACCUGCAGCCCAAGUUCCGCCCACCCCACAGCUCACUCAAUCAUGAGUUCUUCAGAGGCAAGCCAACGUCCAGAGAGGUUUCGUCACAGCACCCGUAUGCAGAGCAGUACAUCGGACGGCCGCAUGUUAUGACAGUGGACUAUAACAACUCCCAGGAGUUCGACAGCGCCAUCAGGGAGAUCAUGAGAACCAAGGUCGAGCCAUAUCUGCCAUACGAGUACACCUGUGAAGGAAUGCUGGAGAGAGUGCACGCUUACAUACAGCAUCAGGACUUCUGCUCCCCAGAGGCCCCCUUCCCGCCAGCCAAUUCCUCCACCAAGACCCAGUGGCCUUCUGGUCCUGGGCCUCAAUUCGUCCUGCUGCCCAACUCCAGUGCCCUGGGCUGGGCCCCCAACGCCAGUGCCCCACCCUCCUGGCCCCCGCUCAGCUCCCUGAGGCUGCUGGCGUCCCAGGAUGGCCAGUCAUGUGUGGAGGCGUGCCAGCGCGCCCACCUGGUGUGUGAGCCCGCCCUGUUCCGCUUCGUGAACAACAAGGAGGCCCUCCGCGGACUGGCGGUACAGUGUGAGGUCGUGGAGGCGGAGGUCAACCACGUGUUCCCAGCGUUCUCUGUCCUGAGAAGGGAGUGUGGCCUGCAGAAGGACCCGCUCCUCUACAGCUGCGCUGGCCUCAGCCCCAAAUACCGCCGUCUUUGCCCCUGCCGGGAUUCCCGCCGUGGCCAGGUAGCCCUCUGCCGGGACUGCUUAUGAGGAGGGCCCCAGAUGCUUUUUUUUGCUUUUUUUAUGAACCGCGAAUCCCUGGAGCUGACCGGCCUCCAAGGCCACAAACAACUCCCGGACCUCUAGUUUUAGCCAAAGAACUGGAGACUGAAAUGACCCCUCCCCCGCCCCUGGCUGAUAAGAGUCUAGUCACUGGCUUAAGAGAGACACUGAACUGUUUUGAAACCCGGUGUCCUAUGGACCAUGUAGUCCUUUCACGUCUGCAGGACGUAGGAGCAGUAAGGGGGCGGGGUCAGGACGAUAGCACAAUUGUCCUCCCGGGGAAACGACUAGGUUGUUAUCCCCAAUUCCCAAUUUAGAGCUAAUGGAAAUAACUCAACUGAGGAUCAUUUAUUUGCUGCUACAAUCUUAUCUAUUACUGGACUUCAGCCCGCCGAGACCGGGAGUAAAACGAGAAAUCGAUGGUGGGUGAUAACAUGUGACACACCAUAUGACAAAAUCACAGAAAAGGUGACCUUUGAGUGGAACGUCAACUUCGGGUCAAUAACCAGUCUCAUUUUCUCUGUUCAACGCGCUGUAGUUUGACAAUGAAUGAUGGACACUCAAACUCUAAUGAAUCAUCUGUUCUCCCUUUGAAGAUGGACCGUUUUCUUUUCUGGGACUUUAACCCUGGCUGACAAAGGGUCCAUGCAAUCGUCUGUGUUGCGUUAAAAGAGAUUAAAGAUUAUUUUUCAAUAAAAGUUACGUUUUGAGCUCCGCUCCUGUGAGAACAGAGGGCUUUUUAGGAACCUCCCGGCGGUUUUGUGACGGAAGUCAAAAUAAAAGCGGAACAAUACAGUGAGAUCAAAUCGUCGUUGUGGUUUUUA